AGGUAAGCUCUUCUUUUCCCUCACGGACGCUGUUGAUGGCAUUCGUGGCAUCGGUCGUCGCAACCUUGCUGCUCUCUGUGUCAAAUUUGACUGGCACUGGUCACUUGACCUUGUACAGCGUGACCUACACUGUGACUUUGCAUCCCAGCGAUUAUGCCAUGUUUGCCCUAUUGGGUGCUGCAGGUGGCUUGGUCGGUGCACUGUUCAAUGCACUGAAUAUUCGGUGGUGUGCCUUUAAAGCGAAGCCGGGCUUCAGACGCUGGGUUGGCCCUGUACAGGAGGCUUCAUUGCUGGCAUUUAUUACGCUCAUUUCAUCUUGGCCGUUGAGUUUGACUCGCUAUCUCAACGCGCAGACAAUCCAUGCCCUUUUUGACACCUGCAGCAAUGAGCCGGGUGAGACGGUACGCAGCAGGCUGCAAGGAGAGUUCGGCCUUUGCACAGAUGGCUACAGCAACUCCUUCGGGAAUGGUCUACUGACCUCCCUGGGAGUUGCUGCAGCGAUCCGCUUCUGCCAGACAGUAUUGACCAUUGGUACUGCCUGUCCAGCUGGACUCUUUGUGCCAUCGCUCUUCAUCGGAGCUUGCCUUGGGCGCUGCUUGGCUCUGGGUCUCAAAGCCUUGAAUGCUGGAGGCCGUUUGUUUCCACACAAGAUCGACCCUGGUGUCUAUUCCAUGGUUGGCGCUGCAUCAGUCCUGGGUGGUGUCAGUAGGAUGACCAUCUCUUUGGUGGUCAUCAUGUUGGAACUUACUGGAGGCUUGGACUACAUCGUCCCCUUCAUGAUCUCAGUGUUGAUGGCCAAAGCAGUGGGUGAUUCAUUGAACGAGGGCAUCUACGAUCUGCAGAUUGUGCUGAAAGGAUACCCCUUUCUGCAUGAAGAGUUGGACGUCACAUUUACUGAACGGUGCUACGACAUCAUGGAGACAGGCUUAGUGAAGCUCAACAUGAGUCUUCGCCCACGAUUGCAGGACAUCCGGGUCAUGGUUCGCGCCUUUACCUUUAGAGGCUUUCCCAUCGUCGAUGGUGAACUCUUUGUUGGUUACGUGCGACGGUCAGCGCUCGAAGACUUGCUAACGCGGAUGGAGCUUGUGCGUGGUCAGAAUGAGGUCGUUUCCUUGGAAGAUCUUCUUCCAGUGAUUGACUCUACGGUGAUCCGCAUGGUACCCCAUGCUCCGUUGACGCAGGCACACCAGGUCUUCAAGCAGCUGGGAUGUCAGCGCAUCUUCGUGGUGGGCUCGUUUCCGGGCACUGGGCAGCAGGAUGUGCUGCAGGGCAUCAUCACGAAGAAGAAUUACUUGAAGUUCUUGCAGGAUGGUACGGUCGGACACCGGCGCAUCCCAGAUGAAUUGCGACUGACCAGCUCGCACUUCGAGACCAACGGAAACCUUCGCUUCUCUUACGACGGGCCUCAACAGGAGAGCACUGCCAGCCACAUUCGUUUGGGGGAGCUCUUCUCUGUGCUGGACGCAGCAGCCGAAGCAGCUGGAGAAAACAGGACAGAGGAUCAGCAAAGCUGGGCGCCAUCGGCAAGCGAUGAUGAGGCAGUGAAGACACAUGACAUGAACGGACUUUCUACAGCCCUCGACCGUGAGCAGCCGUGAGCGGGUGAAGCCCAUGGCUUGAUCUACAAAAGAUCAUUGUCACAACCACACCUGCCUCCCUGACUCGUGAAAA